AUGCUUGUAAUACUACCGGACAGUGAAUUUCAAGUUGUGGGGAAGAGAUCACAUGAAGUAUCAAAUCCUGAAUCCUUGGAUCAGUUGGCCGUCAAUGCAAACAAUGAGUUUACGUUUAGUAUAUUCAACACAUUAGCAAAGGAUGGAAACGAUGUGUUGUCUCCCAUUUCAAUACUUUCCGCAUUAAGUAUUCUUAUGAACGGAGCAAACGGUGAAACACUUAAAGAUUUGAAACAAUUCCUUCGUUACAAGAAUUCAUUGACAGAAUUCAGUGAUGAGACCAUUAAUACUGCGUUCAGAGCGCUAAAUAAUAAAUAUCAUAAUGAUGAUAUCUUCAAAGUGAAAGAAAAUAAACCAAAUCAAAGUCCAUAUGAAAUAUAUGAUCCAAACGAUUACAAACAUCAACUUAAUAUCGCAAAUAAAGUCAUUCACAACAAAGAUCUGCAACUAUUGGACACUUUCAUCAAUAAUAUAAAAGAGUAUUAUAAGGGAGACAUACAAUCGGCUGAUUUUGUCAACAAUGGAGUAAUAGAGACGGAAAGAGUGAAUGAAUGGAUUCGUAAUAAAACCAAUAAUAAGAUACAGAAAAUAUUUGAUGAAAUAAAACCCGACACUUCACUCAUCAUUUUGAAUGCCAUAUAUUUUAAAGGCAAUUGGUUGGAAAAAUUCGGGGAACACUCAACGAAAAAAUUGGACUUUUAUAACAAAGGGGAAAAUGUGGUGAAAGUCGAUACAAUGGCUCAAACCGAUGGAUUUAAUUAUUAUGAGUCAAUUGAACUGAAUUCACAGAGCGAAGUGGAGAUAUUUUUGCCAAAGUUUAAAACAGAGAAAUCCUAUGAUUUAAUGAAUGAAAUCAAUCCCAAACCCAUAGCACUGACAAAUAGGGCUGAUUUUUCACGACUAAAUCGAGGUGUGGCUCAAAAAGUGGCCGAAAUUAUACACAAAACCUAUAUAUCAGUGGACGAAAAGGGAACCGAAGCCGCGGCCGUCACUGCUAUUAGAAUGGUCCCAAUGUCUCUACCAGUAUAUCCUGAGUCCUUUACCUUCAAAGCCGAUCACCCAUUCAUGUACUUUAUUGUGGAUAAAACCAAUGGUUUGAUACUAUUUUGCGGACAAAUCAACGAAUUAUAA